AUGGGGAGAAAGGCGUCUUGCAUCUCGCUUGUGAUCCUCGCGCUUGUGCUCGCUGCCGCCGACGCGAAGUCCGCGGCUGGCUACAGCGUCGACCAGGCGGCGACGAUGAGGCUGGAGGACGGCGUGGCGCCGGAGCUCGGGGUGGUGACGGCGGUGGACCUGGACGUGCGUCGCCACGUUCUGCACAGCAUCAGCCCACAAUACGUGCGGGAGCCCAGCAGGCCAGCCUGCGUCGAGGGGUGCGGGGCGCCCGGAGAGCGGUACACCGGCCGGGAUUGCAAGAAAAAGUACCAGUGCGGUUAA